GUAAAAAAUCAAAUUGCGACAUGGAUUGUAUGAAAGUCCCGAAUAGCCCUCAAAGUUACCGUCAAAAACCUAGGAAAUGCACUGAUACAUCAUGGAUUUGUUUGUUUUCAACAUUUUGGUGUUUUUUAAUUGUUAUUAUUGUAUUUUCGAUUUCUUACGGUAAUUACGAUGUCGCCAUAAAAGGUGCUGAUUCUUUUGGAAAUAUUUGCAAUCAAAUUAACCACAAACAUUUUGAAAACUUCACACUUUCUGCAUUUGACACAUCAGCAAAACCGUUUUUGUUCUAUUUUGACAAUAAUGAGCUCGAAAGUGUUGUUAAAAUUUGUGUCGAAAAAUGUCCUGAAUAUGACUUACCUAAUUCUUAUCAUAUUUUUAAAUUUUUGGAAAAAGGAUUAUCCCAAGUUUGCCGAUAUGAUUUUAAUUUAUUAAGAGCAAGUUAUAUAAAAGAUUAUCCACCAACCAUUAGUAGAAGGGGUCCUUGUCCUCCUGUGACAUUUAGAAGCUUCACUUAUAGAAAUAGAUGCUUACCCAUUGCGCGAAUAAAUGUUGUUCGUGAUUUGUAUAGUUUAUUGAACUCAGGACGUGUGGACCAAUUGUUUUUCCUGGCAGUAUACUCAAGUCGGAAUUAUGUUGCGAUUUUAUGUGGAUUUUCUCUUGGAAUUUCUCUGAUAUUAUUUGGAAUGAUGUUUUUGCUACCGAUGCUCACAUCUUGGUUUAUAUGGCUUUUAGAGAUUGGCACAAAUGCUGGCCUAUGCACUAUCCUAUGGUCGCUUUAUAACAAAAGCCCAGUUGACGAAAAUACUGAAGAGAUGGUUUUUUCCCUUGAUGAGAAACAAACCACUAAUCUUUUGUUCAUUUUAUUAGAUGAAUUCAGUAUUAACAAUAUUUUAAUAUUAUGUUCAAUUGGUUUUACAAUUUUUAUCGAUGCAAGUUUGCAAAUAUUUCUUAUUUAGUAAUAUUGUCUAAUU